GGCGUCGCUCGCCGGGGCUUCGCCGCCGUCCCCGCCUCGGCGGAUCCAGUCUUCCGCGGAGCAUGGGCUGCCUUGCUCCGAGUCCGGCGUGCCCGGAGGCGCGAUCCUGGCGGCGGGCUCCCCCUGCGGCGUAGAGCCGUCGGAAGAAGCCCCGGCGAGAGGGAGCCAGGGGAGGCGGAGAGGCUCGUUCCCGUCCGCCCCGUCGGGGCUGCCGCCAUGGCUCCCCCUUGGCCGCCGAACGGGACGUGGUGGGGCGAAGCCGAGGACCCGGCGGCGCCCGUCGGCAACGGCAGCGAUUGCUCGUGGGCGGUGGGCAACCUCGGCCGGCAGGGGGCGCUGGGGGCCGCCCUCUGCCUGGCCGUGCUGGUGACGGUGGGGGGCAACCUGCUGGUCAUCGUGGCCAUCGCCAAGACGCCGCGCCUCCAGACCAUGACCAACGUCUUCAUCACCUCGCUGGCCUGCGCCGACCUCAUCAUGGGCUUGCUGGUGGUGCCUCCGGGGGCCACGCUGGUGCUGAGCGGCCGCUGGCCCUACGGCACCACCGUCUGCGAGCUGUGGACCUCCCUCGACGUGCUGUGCGUGACGGCCAGCAUCGAGACCUUGUGUGCCAUUGCGGUGGACCGCUACCUGGCCAUCACGGCCCCGCUGCAGUACGAGGUGCUGGUGACCAAGGGCCGGGCCCGAGGGGUGGUGUGUUUGGUGUGGGCCGUGGCCGCCUUCAUCUCCUUCCUGCCCAUCAUGAACCACUGGUGGCGGGAUGGGGCGGACGAGGAAGCCCUGCGGUGCUACCAGGACCCCCAGUGCUGCGACUUUGUCACCAACAUGCCCUAUGCCAUCCUCUCCUCCAUCAUUUCCUUCUACGUCCCGCUUUUGGUCAUGAUCUUCGUUUACGCCCGGGUCUUUGCCGUGGCCAGCCGGCAGCUCCACGUCAUCGAGAAGGACAAAGGGAGGUUCCUCCAAGAGGCCUCCAAGGGGUGUCGGAGGAGGAGGCCUUCCCGUUUGCUGGUGGCCAUCAAGGAACACAAGGCCCUCAAGACCCUGGGCAUCAUCAUGGGCAUCUUCACCCUCUGUUGGCUACCGUUUUUCGUGGCCAACAUCAUCAACGUUUUUGCCCGCUCUCUUGUCCCUGACCAGCUCUUCCGCUUCUUCAACUGGCUGGGCUACGUGAACUCAGCCUUCAACCCCAUCAUCUACUGCCGCAGCCCCGACUUCAGGUGCGCCUUCAAGAAACUGCUGUGUUGCCCUCGGAGCGCCGACCGGCGCCUGCAUGCCAUUUCGAAGGACCUGCACCGGCAGCCCUGUGCCUUCAGCCCCCAGGUCCCGUCAGACAAGGAGAGCACCCCCAUCGCUGCAGUGCCCAGAGAGGAGGAGGAGGAGGGGGAAGAGGAGGAGGAGGAAGAUGUGGGCGCCAACAGUACCAGCAGUGGUUUCAGCAGCAGGACUAGAGAGACCAAGCUCUCAUACCUCACCAGCAAUGGGCAUACUUGUGCCCAGCGCCCUCUCGGGGAAGCCCAGCUCCAAGGCACUCAGGUCACGUUGUGCCCAUCCCUGGAAGAGACCGCAAUGUACUUUUGCCAGGAAAGGUCGGCUCCUCCAAAGGGCGAAAGCUGGUCCUCACCGAAUAACAGUUCCUGAGCACAUCUGUGUGGAUAAUUUUGACUUUUAAGAAGAAGAAAACUAACUCCUCUUCGUGCACCGGAUUGUCCCUUAAGCAUUUCAAACUAAGAGCGACGAUGAUGCUUCCAACACAAAUAAUCUGAAAGUGGUGCCUUCAUUUCAGAAGUUACAGAAUGGCAAAACUGUUGACAUUAAUUUAUCAUUUCUACAUGGCAGAGCAGAGAAACUUUAGGCACAGGGGCCUAAUCCAGACCAUGGGAGGACCCGGUUUGCCACACUAAGGUCCAUGGCAAAGCCAGCUCUGUGCUAACUGUUGUACAGAUCCUAGAAGUGAUAUUGGGCCUUUUAACAGUGUUGUUUGUUGUUUGUUUGUUUUCUGGAAAUGCUCAAUGCUACAGUCAGGAUUGUUUUAACAUGGAAGAACCACAGAGGGAGUAUACACCCUCCGUCCAGGAGUCCAGUGAUAAACCACUAGUAUGAAUGAUGUAUACAAAUGUGAACCUUUUUGCAGUUGACACAGGUAUUUUGAAAUACACUUCUUAACACAGAGAAAAGGAAGACGAGAUGGCUGCCUUAACACAAACCAUAAAGAUCACACCUUUGCAGGCAGGUAAACCUAGAAGGCAAUAAAUUGUGGCCCUCCAGUUGUUGUUAGACUGCAGCUCCCAGCAGUCCCUUCUAUUAUAGCCAAUAGCAGAGCAGGCUGGAAGUUGCAAUUGAACAACAUCAGGAUAGCAAGAGUCUCCAUCCCUAAAUAGGAAGCUUUUUGGUCUAUGUGGGCCAGACCUAAAGGGACAGCAGUAGUCCAGGCUGGCAAUCCUCUUGCAUUGAGGAAGGGCCAUAAAUUGGUAUCUCUGCAGGUGGAAGGAGCUGGUACAGCUUUGUAAGUUGGCACACCUGGCUGCAGAGCUGGGGGGGAUGACUUUGCAUCUCCUCUCUGCUUCCCAGGAGAGGGGGCAGCAGAAUUCAUCUGGAACAUUUAUUACAGGCUCUAUCAUCUGUACAGCCUUGAGCAAGCUGCAUGUUAGUCCCAAAGUACCACCAGGAGGAGGGACUUGGAAAACAUUUCUGAAUACUUUACAUCUAGAAAAGCCUAGGAGGACCGCCAAAAGUUAGAGUCAACUUGCUGGCAUAAGACUAAUCGGUUUGAAAAG